AUGGCGGCCUCACCACUCCUGUCCGCCGUCACCUCGUCUUCGCGCCAGCUCCUACUACUCCUCCGCUGCAUCUCGUUCGCGAAGAAAGCCCAGGUGCGGAUAUCUCCAGAGGGCAUUCGCAUUAGCAUAGACGAAGGCAGUAUAAUGGAAGCAUUUGUCUUCCUUGAGAAAGCGCUGUUCACCACAUACAAAUACCAGACUCCACAACCACGAUCAGCCCAGGAUGACUCUUCCGAUCCUCCAGUCUUUGAGAUCUCCAUGACCGCUCUUCUCGAGAUCCUCAAUAUCUUCUCCCUCUCAGAUCCAACUACCUCUUCGAAACGACCAGGAUUCAGCAAUGAACCGUACGACGCCAACACAGCUCAUCGCCUGCACCGCCAUGCCGGCCUCAAUGCCUUCUCUAACACCACUCUCGGCAUCACUGGAACCUGCUCUCUGACCUACGAAGGCGAAGGGAGCCCACUGAGUAUCCACAUGAGCGAGUCUGAUGUCACCACGACCUGCGACUUGACCACAUACACCGCCGACAGCACCGAGGAAAUACCCUUCAACCGCGAUCACUUAGCUCUAAAGACGAUCAUUCGUUCAGCAAACCUCCUCGACUCCAUCACGGAGCUCUCCUCGCUCAACCCAGCUGAAAUCACUAUCCAAGCCACACCCAACCCCAGUCGCCCUAGUGGAGCAAACUUCACCUUCACUGCUUCCGGACCGCUGGGCUCAGCCAACGUGGAAUUCACGCAAGACACGUCCUCCGACACACCCAUCCUCGAAACUUUCUUCUGCCCGACAAAGACAGAAGCAAGCUUCAAAUUCAGCUUGAUCAAGGCAGCGCAGCGGGCAAUGGCUUCAGCGACAAAGGUCAGCUUGAGGUUGGAUGAGGAAGGGGUGCUGAGUCUGCAGUUCUUAGUGGAGAUGGAGGUCGGAGGCGUAGUGGCGGGACAGGGAGGUGGCGUUGCUUUUGUGGAUUUUAGGGUUGUGCCGCUUGUGGAUGAUGAGAGGGGGAAUGGUGUGGAGGAUGGAAGUAGUGAUGAGGAGAUGUAG